AUGGUUUCCUUCUCAAAAAAUAAAAUAUUAUCCGCUGCCGUUUUUGCUUCCGUACUUUUGUUAGAUAACAAUAACUCCGAAUUUAACAAUAACUUGUUUAGCAAAAAUGCAAAAGGACUUAAUUCAAAUAAGAGAUUAUUACACGAAAGUCAAGCACAUGCAGGUGAUGCCCAUCAUGCACAUCAUGUAGCUGAUGCCCAUCAUGCACAUCAUGUAGCUGAUGCCCAUCAUGCACAUCAUGUAGCUGAUGCCCAUCAUGCACAUCAUGUAGCUGAUGCCCAUCAUGCACAUCAUGCUCACCAUGCAGCUAAUGCUCACCAUGCAGCUAAUGCUCACCAUGCAGCUAAUGCUCACCAUGCAGCUAAUGCUCAUCAUGCAGCUAAUGCUCACCAUGCAGCUAAUGCUCACCAUGCAGCUAAUGCUCAUCAUGCAGCUAAUGCUCACCAUGCAGCUAAUGCUCACCAUGCAGCUAAUGCUCACCAUGCAGCUAAUGCUCACCAUGCAGCUGAUGCUAAUCACGGAUUUCAUUUUAACCUUCACGAUAACAAUUCCCAUACUUUACAUCAUGCAAAAGCUAAUGCUUGUUUUGAUGAUUCUCACCAUGACGAUGCCCACCAUGAUGGAGCACACCACGACGAUGCCCACCAUGAUGGAGCACACCACGACGAUGCCCACCAUGAUGGAGCACACCACGACGAUGCCCACCAUGAUGGAGCACACCACGACGAUGCCCACCAUGAUGGAGCACACCACGAUGGAGCACACCACGAUGGAGCACACCAUGAUGGAGCACACCAUAAUGCCACUACGCAUCACUUACACCAUUAA